AAAAAUAAGUUCAUGUUUUUGCUUGCGAAGGGAGGGUUAUCCAUGCUUAUUGGGACGCUUCUCACAUGACGAAGCCUGUCGUUUUGACAGAAACAUCCUAGGAUAGAAAGAAUUUUGAAACCAUUGCAAGCAAAUGCUGUGUUGACUAGCACAUGGGCUAAGGAGAUACUGGUUCAUUCAGGACGGAGAAAAGUCCCACUACCCAAGUCACUGUUCGAUCGGCGUUGGCAGCGUCGACCCUGUUCUGAACACCAUUAUGGCUUGCUUUUACAGGAGAGGGAGAGACAGUCCUGAUACACUCGACUCGGGUAGUGAAUGAACAGGGUGAAGAUGCAAGUAGAGAUGUAACUGUCCACUCUGAUUAUCUUAAUACGUUGGACGUCAGAUCUUACCGAAUUCACGACAACCAAAAUAGUGGAAAAUAGGAUAUGACGGUUUGCAGUAUAAGCGAAGGUGUAAUUCAGUACAAGAGAUUUGGUUUUGCCGCCACCGCUUAUGAAGUUAGUGGCAACCGCCGCGGCCGCUGCCAGGCUUCACACCAGUAUCAUUAAAUCAGGCUUCUCAGAUGACGUCUUCUCCCUCAAUGGUCUUCUCUCCCUGUAUUCUAACGCCGGCCUCCUGGGUUUGGCACGCCAAAUAUUCGAAAAAAUGCGCCAAAGAAACCUUGUUUCUUGGACCUCCAUGAUAGCAGGCUAUGUCAAUAGUGGCGACCUUGUGGAGAGUAUGGACUUGUUUGUCAAUAUGAAGAGGGCCGGUAUCCAGCCUAAUGAGUUCACUCUGGGUAGCGUGUUGAAGGCCUGCGGUGGUGUUGGAGUAAUUGAAUUUGGGCGGUCUGUUCAGUCUUUGAGCUGGAAACUUGGAAUUCAUAUGAACUUGUAUGUUGGUACUUCUCUUUUGGACAUGUAUGCAAAAUGUGGGACCAUUCUUGCAGCAGAGAAGGUUUUUGCGGGUAUUAUGGAUCAGGAGGACUUGGUGUGCUGGAAUGCUAUGGUUAGUGGUUAUGUGAGUAAUGGAUAUGGAGAGGAUGCUAUACAACUCGUCUGCUGUAUGACCAAUAGGGGCAUGAAACCUGAUCAAGUCACAUUAAUCGGUGCCCUUCAGGGGUGUUCGAUGAUAGAGAAUUCUUAUUGUGGAGAAUGCAUCCAUGGCUUGGUCUACAAGGCUGGAUGGGCUGCGUUCGAUACAUCAGUGAUGAAUUCUCUUAUUGACAUGUACAUUAAGAACGGCAACAUAAAUUUGGCAAUUCGGGUAUUUGGUGAAAUGAAUGCACGGGAUAUCAUCUCUUGGAAUACUGUGAUUUCAGGGUAUGCUCAAGAGGAGAAUGUGGAAGAUGCUGUAGAUGCCUUUAAGAAGAUGAUGCUAGCAGAGUUUAAACCAAAUAGAAUCACUUUCUGUAUCUUAUUUAAGCUCUGCGCUUCCGCGCAUGAUAUCAAUCUAGGACUUCAGUUCUAUUCAUCUAUUUUUCAACUGGGACUCACAGAGGAUGUUCCCAUCAUCAAUUGUCUUAUUAAUAUGUUCGCCACAUGUGGGCUGGUUGAAGAUGCACAUGCAAUUUUCAUACAUGUUGGGGCCCUUGAGAUAACUACUUGGAAUGAAAUGAUUACGGGAUACGUCUUGAAUGACUGUGGUGGUGAGGCAUUACGGCUUUUCAGUGAUCUCCACAAUUCAGGACUUCAUGCAAAUGAAUAUACGUUCUCCAGCAUAUUGCAAGCUUGUUCUGGUCAAAUGCAUCAGAGAACAGGGCAACAAAUUCAUUGCAGUAUGAUAAAAUCUGGUUUUAAUCUAUACCCUUUCGUCAUUAGUUCAUUGAUAAUGUCUUACUCAAGAAUGGGGCUGGUAGAUGAUUCCUUCAAAGUAUUCAGGGGCGUCGAAGUUCCAGAUUUGGUUUCCUGGAGUUCCAUAAUCUCUGCAUUUUCUCAGCAAGGAUAUGACACGUUGGCACUGUUUCUUUUUAAGGAGUUCAGAGAAACAGGUGAAAAACCAGAUGAAUUCAUUGCGAGCAGUGCUUUAAAAGCUUGUGCUAGCCAUGCUGCAUUAGAUCUAAGUAAAUGUUUCCAUGCUUAUGUUCUUAAAUGUGGGCUCAAGGAUGCAUGCAUAACAAGCUCAGUUAUUGAUGUUUAUGCAAAAUCCGGAGACAUGGAUAGUGCAAGAUUCGUGUUUGACCUUUCAGCAAGAGAUGAUGAUCCUAUAAUUUUCAGUUCGAUUAUCACUGCUUUCGCACAGCAUGGCCUUAUAGAUGAAGCCUUUGAAGCCCUAGGGGGAAUGCAGAAAUUGAAUUUACAGCCAAACCAUGCGACUUUUGUUUCUAUACUUUCAGCAUGUAGCCGCAUGGGCGAAGUAGAUCAGGGACAGAAGUUCUUUGACUUUAUCCAUCAUGUCUAUGGAGCAGCAGUGUCAAAGAAAAUGUAUGCUUGCCUGGUUGAUUUGCUCGCACGAUCUGGCCAUAUUGAAGAAGCAAAAGAAGUUGUAGAUAAAAUGCCCUAUGAACCUUGGCCUUCUAUAUGGAGAUCCUUAUUGAGUGGUUGUGUGGUUCACGGUAACAGCAAGUUGGGGGAGGUCGCUGCUAAACAAAUUCUUCACAUGACACCUAAAAAUGACACAGCCUAUGUUCUGCUUUCAAAGUUAUAUGCUUCAGAAGGUAAAUGGGAGGAUGUGGCUGAAGUGAAGAGACACAUGAAAACAAGAGGAAUCAGGAAGCAGACUGGGUGCAGUUGGAUAUCUAUCAAAGGUGAAACUCACAAAUUUUCUGUUGGGCAAGUGUUGAGCUCUUGAAAAGCAGGAAAACCUUAUUGGAGCAUGGAGAACCUAUAGCAUUCUUGCACCACUUGCCAAUCUUUUAUCUACAUCGUGAGAUGCUACUUCUUUAGUGGCAGCAUGAGGUUGAGCGGCACAAGAAGCAGCACCAGAAUUCGCUAAUGCAAUUGUAAUAGCUAGCAUAGAAGAACAAUGGAUUUUUGCCUCAUAUGGAGGAGACUCCUGCAACCGUGAUACCUCACCAGUCACACUCAACGGUGAAGCUUCCACUAUAGGAAGGCUCAUGCAAUCAAAUGUAAAUGUCAGGAAUACAGGAUAAUCAGAUUCCCUGAAAUCUGGGAUUUUACAUGGGUUUAGGAAGAGGACAUCCCAUGUGGUCAGCAACUAUGAAAAUGGGCGUAAAACGAAUCAAUUGAUCCUUACUGCAUCAAUAGGAUGACAGGUUUCUUGCAACAAAGUCCGGCUCAGUUCCUUCUAAUUGCUUAUGCAGUUAUGUGCAGAGAAUCCUUUUUUAUUCUACGAUUCAAUCGAUUAUAUAAAGGUUAAUUUUGGAGGCUAUAGACAAAAUAUGUUGCAGUCCCUAGUCUUACAUCUACAUUGAGUUGGAAUC